CAAAUUUCUGUCCUUCAUCUUCACCUUUUACAUCCACAUACUUACAGUUUAAAAGGAUUAUUAUUUAAUUAAAACAAUAGUAAAUUAGUUAAGAAAUGUGUUACCGCCCUGUAUGCUGUUCUCCUUGCUCCGUUAUGGCUUGUUAUCCAUUAUGUUAUCCAUGCUGUCAGCCAUGUUGUCCACCAUCGUGUCCACCUAAAGAAGUCCAAAAUCGAAGCAAACUGUUGGCACCCCCUACUGAGCCCAGGCCUCCUUUAAAAUGUAAACGCAUUCAACCUUGUUAUUAUUCAAAACCUUCAGAUCCAAGAUACAAGACUAUCAAAUUUGAUGAAAAGAUGCAAAUUACAACUAACUACUGCAAAGAUUAAUUUAAUAGAAGAUUCCCAUACCACUUACUUAUAAUAUUGAUGCCAAGUUAGGAUUUGUAUCCCAUCGCAAAAAUAUAUUAUGUACUUCUUUCUCAAAACCCUCUAUGAAGAUUAUGAUACAAUUGAUCUAAAAAAGGCAUAACCCAGACAUCCAAAGUGAAAGUUUUCCUCCAACACCAAAUUAUUAUAUAUGGUACACAUAAUGUUCAGUAAAAAGUAACACCAUUUUGAGCAUCUUGUUUGGUGGUAGGUGGAGAAGAAAUCGGUAAAUUAGUAGUUUUUUUAAGGUUUUCGUCAUUAUUUCUAAAACUAUGUGGUUUAUCGUGAAAAAUGUUCUAUACAAUAAUGUUCUACAUUAAAUUUUAAACAAAAAAGGUCCUAUGCAUAAUCUUUCUAAAAUGAACUGUUUAAUAACUGAAUAAAUUCUUUAAAAUUUAAUGUAGAACAUUUUUAUAUAUAACAUUGUUCACGCUAAACCGCAUAGUUCUAGAAAUAUUGACAAAAAACGUAAAAAACUAUUAAUUUGCCGACUUCUUCCCCCACUUCCCCCCAAACCCGAGGAUUAAAUUGAUGUAUCUUUUGACUCAACCUUUCACUUUGGAUGUAUGGGUUUGGGUUUAGUUAUAUCAUACUAAUAGAACAUUUCACUUCAAAUAGAAAAAUACGCUUUCAAGAAAAUAAUGAACAGGUAAUUCAGGAAUAUACACUAGCAAAUUAUGUAAAAUAGAAAAAAUUUUCAUAUAAAGAAAUAGUAAAAAUAGUAUCUCUCUAUUUGUAUAAGUCAUACGAUUCAUUCACCGGCUGGAGAUUACAAUAUCUGUAUCAUUAAAAAUCUAUAAACAGUUGAAUAUACAUUCAAAAUAAUAAAAUUAUAUUUUGCAAAA